AUUUAUGGAGAUAGUACCAUGUUUGGUCUGACUAUCAUAGCUCAGUUUAAUGAAUGGCCCAGUAUGUCAGAACAUGAAAAGCAUUAUAACAGUGUCAUGAAUUCGCAGCGUACAGAUAUCGAAUGGCGAUUUGCAAAAAUCACGCAGCAAUUCUCGUCACUUGAUUUUGUCCGAACCCAGCGCCUUCUUAACUUCCCCAUUGGAUUGCAAUACAGAGUAGGAACGAUACUUUGUAAUAUUUACACAUGCUUCUAUGGGCCCACGACUUCAGAUUUCUUUGGCGCUAUACCUCUAAUGGUAGAAGAAUACUUGAAC